AAGAGCUCAAGCUACUACCGGAAACCAAUAUUUUUUUGCUGCUGCUGCCGCUGUGUCUUCUUUUUGCAAAGUUGUUUCGAAGCAAACAGGAGCAGCCAGAGGCGCUGCAAAGCAGCAUCGGCGGCGGAGCUGGUUUCUUUGCAACUUCCGAACGAACCCUGGACUUUUCUUUUUCUCUUCGCCAGCCUGGAAAGUUGUUGAAGCUCCAUCUCCCCGUUCCCUCCCCAGCGCCCAAACCCGGCAUGUUUGAUCCGCCGGCUGCUGCUGCUGCUGCUUGCAAGCUCCGGGACUCCGGCAGAGCCCGGGCGAAGGAUGGAAGAACCGCCCCCGAGGCUCCUGAGAAGGCAUUAAAAAGCGAUCUCUGAGCGAAGAAGCGCACCCGGCGUGUUUGGAGAGAAAUCCAGAUAAUAAUAAUAAUUAUUAUUAUAAUUUUUGCAAGGGGUGGGAGACGCAUCGCCCUCCUCUUUCCUCUCUGCCUCCCCCCACCCAUCUCCACCAUGGAAGAUGGUGUGAAGGAGGAGACCCCAGAGAAGCCGAAGUGUCCUACUAAAGCAGAGAAAGCUGGCUGGAUCAGGAAGAGCAGUGCAGGCCUCUUUGGUCUCUGGAAGGAGCGUUACAUCCAGCUGUGUAAAACCAAACUGUUAGUGUACGAAGAUGAGGAUGAACAGAAGUGUGUCGAGACCGUGGAGCUGGAACGGUACGACAGGUGCCAAGAGUUGCGUGCCCUCCUGAAAAGGAAAAAUCGGUUCAUUUUAAUCCGGUCUCCGGGUCACAAGGUGCAAGAUAUCAAAUUUCAGGCAUCCAGUGGGGAAGAAAAGGAGUCGUGGAUGAAAGCUCUCAAUGACGGCAUCAACCGGGGCAAAAACAGAAUACUGGACGAGGUGAAGGUUGAUCCAGACCUCUCUCUGGAACACGUGACACGAAACAGAGCAAAAAUGGCUCAGGGCCGUCGUCCACCAACCAGAUACCAUCUCAAAGAGGUUGCCAGUGGGGUGUCAGAUGGGAUCCUGAGGCUUGACCUGGACGUACCAGAUAGCGGCCCUCCAUCCAUCAUGGUGGAGACAAGCGAGGCUGCCGACGUUCCUCUUCCAAAGGAGACUUCCAAACCACCCAUGCCUCCUAUGAAACCGCCUAUGCCUCCUUCGGAGAGGCCGAGCAUUGACUCUGUGCCCAAAGAUGUAGAAGCCAAGAAGCCCCCCAUGCCUCCUGCAAAGCCUCUUAAGGAAACUGCAGCACCCGGUGACAACACAGACUCUGCGGAAGAAGAUGUUGCUUCUACAGGCGAUGACGCCGAAGAACCUGAAGCCACCCUAGACGGAGAGGACCUAAUGGAGGCCCACAAAAACACUCCCGAAGUUCCAGUUCCUCCCCCAAAGAUCUUAUCUGAUAAGAUGAAGGUGACAUGGGACAAUCCAGCUUUCGAGCAGCUGGAGGAUGAGGCCGUUGAUCUGUCUGUGCACGGAAGUAAAGAAAAUGUAUCCGAAGCAGCCAAGGAGAUGCUGAAACCUCCAGCUCCUCCUCCUAAGGUUCUGUCGGAGAAGUUGAGAGCCAGCAUGAAAUUGAACAGGGGCAGCUCAGAGGUGGAUUCUUCUGAAGGCGGACGCCCACCCGAUGUCCCGAACGGUGACAGCCCUGAUGUUGCUGGCGAUGAAACCUCUGAGACUGUUUUCCAAGAUGGAGAGGAGCAGGGAGAGGCUUCGUCAGAGCAAGAAGCAAAUAAGGAGAGUUUGGACUUGGCGACUAAAGAUCAACUGCCCUCCUUGGAACCUGAAGGAAACCCUCCAGCUACCAAGCCUCGCUGUGCCUCCCUAGGGGACCUGCUGUUGGAACCAGCCAAGAAGCCCCUUCUGGGACCACUCUUCCAGCAGGGAGCUGUCUCCAAAGUGGCCCAGAUGGAGAGGAAAGUGGCCAGCGAGCAGGAAAGAACAGAGAAACUUCUGAAGGAGGUUUUGCGGGGGGGACUUGAACAAUCCCAGGAGGGCAGCAACGGGCCUCCGAUCUAUGCUGAGACGUUGCUCAACGAGGCGGCAAAGCAGCUCCAGCAAGCCUCGCAGGUCUUGCAAGAGAUCAGAGAUUUAGGAGAACUGAAAAAGGAACCGGCCGAGCUUCGGAAAGGGGUGCAGAAGGAUCUAGUGACUCUGUAUAGGAGAAGUGCUCCCUGAAAGGAAGGCGCUUCUGCUUUUUGUGGCUUAGCUGAAAUGUUGCCAUAUCGCAGCACAACUUUCCACUAUUCCGCUAGGUUGGUUGUUUUGAAAACGGGGGGCUGUCAUCUUGCUGCGCACUGCUAAAAGGAGGGAAAAAUGUAAUUUUAAAGUAUUGCUCUGAUGAGCUCAAGCUGUGGGCUGGACCCCCCUGGUGGGUCAGGUGACAGCCAGGGGGGUUAAGAGGACAAGGAAAGGGCUUCUCUCUGCUCUUUUUCUUGCUCUCUUGGAGACCCUUUGCAGCAGUUCUGCAAGCAGCAACUGCAAGCCUAGAUCAACUGGGGGUUAUUUACUCCCUGGCAAGAGAGUUGGGAAAAAACAGGGAUGGGACACCUCCUGAAACCUACCUUUAAUAGCCGUUUGUCCUGACCCACAAGAUUCUUGCAAGUGGAAGUGAUACACAAACUCCAGCACAUGAGAAUCUCUAUAAAACUACCAGCUAAAGCAGGUGGUUGGUCUGAGGCUGGGAAAAGUAAGUUGUUGUUUUUAAGAGAGAUUGAGGCAGAGUCAGCUCUUAAAAGCGAUGGAGCAGGGGGAGUCUCCAAAGUUUGGGAACUGCUGGUUUAUGUUUUGGCUGUCCUGCUGUUGUCAGACUGAAGUGUGAGUCGAUCCUGAGCAUCAGAUGGAAACAGGGUAUGAAGAGUCACUAACUACUUGCUGCGAGACUCCAGUCAGAGACUUAAGCAAGCACUUAGGGGACGUGGAUAGUAACCUUCUUGCAUUCCAGCAAUGGCAGAAUUCCUAUCCUUGCCAGGCUAGCCAUCCACUGCAAAUUGUAGAGGAUGGGGUGCAUGGCACUCCCCCCACAGUAAGCCAACGCAUGCACAUCUCUCCCCAACUCUGUUUUGUUUUUUAAUGGGGAAAUGACCUUACUGUGCAUUCCGUUAGAUGCACAGUGAAGGAGGAGAGGGCAUGCGCCUUCAUUCCCACCAUGCAAAUGGUACAGCAGCUUUGGCAACCAUAUGCCAAAGUUAGGAAAAUGACCCUUGCAAGACACAUGAGCAUAGGCACCCCUGAAACCCCCAGUAUUACUAUUUCUACACACCUGCUCCCCCUCCCCAAUGAAAUUAAUGCUAUCUGUUUCUAGGAUUCAUGAUAUCAGAAUAACUUACUUUCAGCUCUGCUUGGUUGCUUUUUUUCUCACAUGAGCUUUUCUUGCACUCUGGGGCCUGAAGUGUGGGAACCUCGUGCUUAACAUUUUCCUCAGAUGCUUCUUUAAACAUUCAUAUGUCAUUAAAAAAAAAAAAA